UUCUAAUAUUUUCUCUACAUUGUUUUUAUCUUCUCUUGUUUUUUUUUUACUCUGUUCUUUCUUGUUGAAACUCUCUUUCACUGAUUUCAAUCAAUCACCAGAACUGUCAUCAUAUUCUUCAUCAUCCUCUACAUCACCAACAACAACCUCAUCCUCACAUACUGCUGUUGAUAAUUAUAUCCCAUCUUCCUCCCUUUGUCCAUCUGUCUUUCACCAUCCUCUUCUUCCCCUGCCCUGUGUCUCUACACACUUCCUCUCCUCCCGCCCUAUCCCUCCUUCUUGACCUUCUCUCCCCCUCUCCCCUCCUCCCUGUGUGGCCAUGUUGGAGAACAUGUCUCGUCGGUCCCGCUCCCUGCUGUCCCUGUCCCUGACCACUCUGGCUCUGGCCCUGUCCAUCCUGGCUCUCUGCACCUCCUACUGGUGUGAAGGGACUCACAAGGUGGUCAAGCCUCUCUGCCUGUCUCCAGUCAAGAUGAGGAACUGUGGUCAGAACAACAGUGAACCCUACACCACAGAGAGCCCAACUCAGAACCCGUACAAUAGAACCCUGUCCCCGCAGAGGAGAGAUGAACUGGCUAAGAUCCGCAAGAGACAGCUAGACAAUGCUGUUCACUACAUCUGGGAGACAGGAGAGGACAAGUACACCUUCAGAUACUUCCACACUGGCUUCUGGGAGAGCUGUGAGAAACACAUUGAUGGUGAGAAGUGUCGCAGCUUUAUUGAGCUGACUCCUGGUGAAACACAAGGUGUGUUAUGGCUAUCGGUGAUAUCUGAGUUCACUUACAUUGGUCUAUUGGGAAUGGGCUUUCUGUUGAUGUGGCUGGAGCUGUUGUGUUCCCAUAAGGAGAUACACGCUCUCAAAAUCAACGCCUAUGCUGCCAUCUGCACCGUACUGUCAGGUCUGAUGGGGAUGGUGGCCCACAUGAUGUACACCACAGUGUUCCAGAUGACCGUCAUUGUUGGCCCUAAAGACUGGAGGCCUCAGACCUGGGACUACGGCUGGUCAUUCGCCUUGGCGUGGAUCUCCUUCAGCUGUUGUAUGGGAGCUGCAGUCUUCACCCUCAACUCUUACACCAAGACCAUCAUCGAGCUGCGCCACAAACAGAGGCUCCGAUUGGAGGAGGUCCGCGCCGCCAGCCACGCCCCUCCCUAUGACGAGGUGGUGCCCGGGGGCGGGCUCUACUCUGUCCGUGGCCUAUUGCAGUGCCCGGAAGGGAUGAUUGACGUGGCGUGGGCGCCUGACGGGACCGUGAUGGGGGUGGGGAACGGGGAUGUACCAACUCUGGUGUUGGUAGGGGGGUGUGGGCCGGAGGGCUGUGAGGACUGUGAGAGAGAGAUGGAUAAGAUGGAGGAGGCCAUGGAGAGGGAAAGAGCUGAUUCGCCCUGUUAAUAAGAGAUGGGUGGGGCUAAAGAGACCAGAGGAGGACUGUGGGUAAUGUAGUCACAUUACAGGUACUGUAUAUGCACCUUGAGCUCUCAAAAUGGAAAGAGUGAGACAGAGACAGUGACAGAGUGAGACAGAGACAGAGAAAGAGUGAGACAGAGAAAGAGUGAGACAGAGAAAGAGUGAGACUGAGAAAGUGGGAGGGGAAUAGUUCUGACAUAAGAUAUGAGAGAGAGGGAAUUCUGAUAUAAUUAUCUUGCACUGCUUGUGGGGAAGAAGCAGAACUUGAUGGACAUUGGACACAGGAACUGUGUUGGCUGUAAGAGCUACAGUAUCCCCACAUUGACAUUUAACAGAGAUCACCUUGACAUACAUGGUUUGUGCUAACACUCCUAACACUCCUUGUCAUUAAUUAAUACAAUAGUGCCUAAUGGUAAGGGAUUGUUAUACAGUAUACAUGUAUGUAAAUGUAUCCAUGUUGGAAAUAGUUUUACCAUAAGUAUCCAAUACUUUCUGACCUUUGUAAAACAUGCUUUUCACUUUGUCUGAAUGGGUCCCGUUCUGAACCUGUAAAAUAA